GAAAGCCAAAAUCAAACCUUAUGCUUACUGAUUGUUCCCUUUACCGAAAGUGCUCUGGAUCCUUUUUUUAAAUUUCUCUUCUACCUUAUUUUUCCAACAAGUUUUGGAAAUGUUAGAGAGACACCCACAUGGCUGUCCAAGCCCAAUGCAACAUCUCCUCUGGCUCUGACCCAGCCUGUUAUGAUGAAGGAUCAGGUCCCCUCGCGGUCAUUAUUAUUCCAAGCUUGCUGGCUCUCAGCACCCUGAUUGUUGUGUCGCAGAUAAUAUGGAGCUUUGUUACCAAAAGAUCUUCAGCUCAGAAAAUCACAAGCUCAUCUUCAAAUGUAAAUGAAAGGGAACAUGUCCAACUGGAUGCAGGGAUUGGAAGCUUACGGCCUGCAAAUGUUCUGGGUCCAUUAGAGCUACCUGUUCAGUGCACCCUGGAGGGAGUGGAGGUGCUUCAGAUGGGACGUUAUGGACCAAUCUGCAUGGGUCAGCUAAAACAAGACAACACAUCCACUGCUGUUAUGAUUAAAACUCUUAAAGACAGAUCAACUCAAUCGGAGUCUGCAGAAUUUAUGGAUUUGGUCCUCUUCCAUGCAGCAGUGAGCAAACAUGAGAAUAUAGUCAAGCUGCUUUUCUGCCAGACACGCCGGACGCCCAUGUACCUGCUUUUGGAGGCAAGCGUUCCAGGAAACCUCUUGAAUUUCCUCUGGAGUCUUCGAGAGGACAGGUGUGGUGAAUCUUCAGUGUUUUCAGAAAAAUCAGUCUUUCUAGUAGCUAAGCAGAUAGCAGCGGGUCUGGACUAUCUACACUCCCACCACAGAGUAAUUCAUGGGGAUGUUGCAGCGAGGAACAUGUUGAUCGGUUCAGCGUUCUCUGUCAAGGUCUCUGGAUUGGAUUUUGCUUUUGAGAGCAGACAGAAGAAAAAAGUGGACAGGGAACAAGAAGCCAACGUGCCGGUAAAAUGGCAGGCCCCGGAACGGAUGAUGAGGCUCCCUCUAACAGACAGGAGUGAUGUAUGGUCCUUUGGAAUCCUGCUUUAUGAGAUGAUAACCCUGGGGUCUCCUCCUUAUCCUGACCUGGACCCGUCUGAAGUGCUGCCCAGAACUUUAGCCCAUUACCGGAUGAAAAGACCAGAAAACUGUGGAGCUCCAUUGUUUGACUUAAUAAAGUACUGCUGCAUGUGGAACUUCAAGGACCGGCCAGUUUAUUCUGCCAUCAUUCGGCUUCUGGACUCAUACAGCUACUUUGCUGACACAAAACCACUUUGCUCUGAAGUGCAAAUAGACGUCAGUGAAUAUAAGAAGAAAGCAGGACUGCCAUCAUGAACUCUACACAUGUCCUGCUCAUUUCUAUGGUGCCUGGCAGAACUAAGUUACCCUCAGGUCAUUUCAAACAUAUAGGAAUUUGUUCAUCUUCAGAACACAAAUAUAGAUUUAUUUAAGGCAAGACAAGUUUAUUUAUACAGCACAUCUCAUA